AUGAAUGGCAUGAGCAUUGAGGAGUCAGAGAAGGAGAGCCUGCAAAGCAGCCUGCUGGAGGCACAGCAGCACAUAUGGGAGCUGGAGAUGGCCAGGAGCCGUGUGGAAGCCCAAGUGCACAGGGCCAGGCAGGCCAAGGAGGCGAUACUGGAGGAUGUGAGGGGCCUUCGUCGUGAGCUGCUGGCUGUAAGAGCUCUCAGCCAGCAGCAAUGUGAAGACAUGGCUGAACAGCUCCGCUGGGCACAAGAGCAGUGCUGCAAGGCUCUGAGACUCUGGCAGUCUGCCCAGGAAGAGGAAAAAACGAAUCUCGUGCAAGAACUGGAGAGACAACUGGAAGAGCAGCAUAUGGAGGCACGGAAGCAGCUGGAGGAACGGGCAAACUUCCUGGCAGAGACCUCCUUGCUGUGCUCCACUGGUGGGGAAAUGAAGAAGAGACAAUUGGGAAAAUCUUUGAUUCCCCGUCUGCGCAAGGCAGGAAUUCCCCCUGUGGGCAGUGCUGCUGGGUCUGUGCACAGCUCUCCCCAGAUGGAUUUGCAGGAGUCCCAGGAGAUGAGGCCAAGACCCAGCAGCAGAAGCCAAGAGAAGAGCCCGGAGUAUGCAGCUCUGACUGGCUACCCUCUUGCCAAGAGGUUUUCCCUGGCAAGUCCCUCGAUGCUCCUUCCCUCCAAGCCGUUGCCCCCCAUCCAGAGGAGCUCUCCUUCUGCCACGCCAAGCAAGAUGUGCAGCGGAGAGCAGGAGACUGGGAAUGCUGGCAAUGGCUGGGAUGAGGACAGUAGAAAAAGCCAGGAGCUCACAGCAGAGGGAAAAGGAAGAGAGAUAUCCUUGCCUUCUCCUGUUGGUAAAGAAAUGAAGAAGAGACAAUUGGGAAAAUCUUUAAUCCCCCGUCUACGCAAGGCAGGAAUUCCCCCUGUGGGCAGUGCUGCUGGGUCUGUGCACAGCUCUCCCCAGAUGGAAUUGCAGGAGUCCCAGGAGAUGAGGCCAAGACCCAGCAGCAGAAGCCAAGAGAAGAGCCCGGAGUAUGCAGGCCUCCCACUGAGUCAGGCCAAGGAGACAGAUCAUCCCAGCAGUCCUGGUCUUAGGAGUGACAAAGAGCUGAGGGACAGCUUUGGAAAGACCCACGCUGAAUUGUGCAGGUUGACUAAAGAGAACUUAGAGCUGAAGAAAAUGGAGAUUUUGAUGGAAGAGAUGAAGAGGAGACAAAAUGGAAAAUCCUUGCAGCUUCCUCCAGAGACAUUUGAGCCUGGAGAUGCAGCUGAAGCAAGCUCCUCUUUGGACACUGCAGGCUUCAGCCUACCACCUAUCAAUGGCACAGCUCCCAGUGUACAGAGAAAAGACCCUGGUAGUGCCAUGAAGAAAACAGUUGUGAGAAAGCAGGACAUGGUGCCCUUACAGCCCAGUACGCCCACCCUCCAUGGAGAUGGCAGCUUCCCAUGCAGCUCCUCAGAGACCUCGCAGACAGCCACUGGUGCCCUGCGCCGAGAGGAGCCGCUCCGUGGGCACAGGCAGAAGGACAGAGCCUUUUCGGACCCACAGCAGGCCUUGCAGGAGGCACUGUCCUUGCUGGGCAGCGACAACUGGGAACGGAAGAAGAAGGGACUCUUGAACAUCACACUGCUGGCUGAGUCCCAUUCACAAGUCCUGCUCUGUCGACUUCGUGAGAUUUGCUUGGCAGUUACCAGUGAGGUGACCAACCUCCGGUCCAACGUGUCCUGCUCUGCAAUUGUCACUCUGGGAGAGCUCUUUGCGAUCUUGGGGAAGGACAUGGACUCCGAGGUGGAUCAGAUUGCUGCAGUCCUUCUCCACAUGUUGCGGAACUCCCCAGAGUUUAUUCAGAAGGCAGCCUGUCAGAGCCUGGGCAUGAUGGUAGAGAACGUGACUCCUACACGAGCAAUGACUGCUCUCAUGGACAAUGGAGUCAAGAGCCGCUACGUCCCGGCACGGAAGUGUACGGCCGAACUCCUCCUGUCCUUGAUGGAGAAAAUGGGAGUCACGAAGCUUGCAGGCACACCCAGGGCUGAGAGGCUGGCACAGGUGGCAGGGACACUUGCUCAGGACAGUCACAAGGACACGAGGCAUUAUGGACAGGAGAUGGUGAAGAUGUUGCUUAGUAAUCAAAAAUUUAAAAAGCUUUUGGGACAAUCUCUUUCCACACAUGACCUGGAAGAUAUCCUGAAGAGAAUUAAGAAGAAAGAAUACUGCCCUGCUGUCAAGCCCUGUGGAGCUGGAAGAAGCUUGGGGAUGGAAAACCAGAAGGCUGAACGCCCACCUGUGCAUGAGCCGGUGAAGAAGAGGAAUGAAGGCUCCAAGGAGCCCCAGGCCACAUCACCUCCUAGCAAACGGGCAAAGUCUGCCACUGGUGGACGCCGCCUACACCGUGCAAGAGCCCAGGUCACAUUACCUGCAUCUGUGGAAGAAAGGGAGCUGCUCCAGAAGCUUUACCAUCUCCUGGAAGCCAAGGCGUUCCAGACACGGAUGGAAGGAGUGGCACUCCUCCUAGACCUGUCCAAAACCAGACCCCAGCUCAUCUCCACUAACAUUGUCCAAAUUUUUGAUUAUUUUGGCCUGAGAAUCUGUGACACACAUAAGAAAGUGAAGCAGAAGGCGCUGGAGGCGCUGGCAGAAAUCAUAGGACUCCUGCAGGAUGCCAUGAACCCAUUGAUGAUCCGUUUGGUUGAAGGCAUAACAAAGAACCUAAACUCAAAGGAUCCUGGGGUUCAUGCUGCAGCUAUGACAGCACUGGACCAAUCUGUUCUGCAUUUAGAUGAAGUAUCACUGAUGAAAGAGCUCUGCCACCAAUGGAGACAACUGAGUGGCCAAGCUCUGCUGGAUGUCACGGAGCGUAUCACAGUGCUUGUGGAAUGGGCUCAUGCCAGGAGCCCUGAAGCGGUCGAGCGCUACGCCCUGCCCGUGCUCUGGUCCUGCCUGGAGAACAAGGCGCUGCCUGUGCGAAGCGCCAACGUCUGCGCUGUGGUCACCAAGCUGGCCUGUGCCCUCUGCGAGGCACUGGGCAGCCAGAUCAUUAAGUUUGCUGACAGCACACCUCCACAUGUGCAGGAAAACCUCAACAGCCUUCUGGGCUGGUGAAGGUUUGAUGUUCUCCAGAAAGCGGACAAAUUUCUGAGCUGGACACCACCGGACAUGACUUUUCAGCUGUGCCAGAAAUGACAAAAUACUAAGGAAGGGUGUGCAUCUGCCCCCGCUCUGUUAUCACCAUUGCCCUUCCUAAUCAUGACAUGGGGGGCCUCAAGCAACUGCAGACUGAUGACAAGGUGAAGAUGAAGUAUGGAUCAGCCUCAAGUGAACCUAGACUGAGGAAAAGGUGAAGACUAAGCAUGGAUCAGCCUGAAGCAACUGCAGACAGAGGACAAGGUGAAGACCAAGCAUGGAUCUGCCUCACACAGAGAUACGACUGGCUACAGUCUUUCCAAGAAGUUUUCUCUGGACACUUCCGAUAUCCCUUACCAAGAAAGUCCUUGCCUGCAGUCCAGAAGCACUCUUUCCUCCAAGAUCAGGAAGAAGCUGCCGACUGUCCAAAGAAUAUUUCAAGAAUAGGAUUAAGGCUUUAGGAUUAUCAAAAAUAGGAUUCAUCAACAAUAGGAUUCAUCAAGAAUAGGAUUCAUCAACUAUAGGAUUCAUCAACUAUAGGAGUUAGGAUUUUGGAAUAGGUUUAGGCUUCAUAGUUGCAGAUGUAUCUAUGUUCUGAUAGUUUUGAAUAAAUGUGUUUGAUUGUAUAUUUAAAUUUUGAUGACAUAUUUUAAUUGUAUAUAUUUUAUUUUGAUGAUUUAAAAAAACCUAAA